AUGGGCUCUUACCCCGCGCAAACGCCCGAUUGGGACAACUUGAAAGUCACACAUCGUAACGUCUUACCUCCCCGGGCUCAUUUCUUCAAUCAUACAGAUAGCAAAAGUGUUCUUUCAUACUCUGCCAGCGAGACAGAAGCUUUGUAUUUAAACGGAACAUGGAAAUUCCACCACGCAAGCUCUCCCUUUGAACCCCCAGAAGACUUCCACGCUGUAGGAUACGAUACGUCAAAAUGGAGCGACUUGGAAGUUCCUUCAAUGUGGCAAAUGGAAGGCUUUGGGAAACCGCAUUAUACUAAUGUGGUGUAUCCCUUUCCUGUUGAUCCCCCACAUGUACCAUACGACAAUAAUCAAACGGGAAGUUAUUCUCGAAAAUUUACAGUACCAAAGAGUUUCGCAAAUAAGCAAGUUAGAGUACGAUUUGAGGGAGUCGACUCUUCAUUUCAUUUGUGGGUCAACGGGGAGGCAGUUGGCUACUCUCAAGGUGCGAGGAAUCCGUCAGAGUUUGACAUCACCAAAUUUGUGAAGGAGGGGAGUGAGAAUAUUAUUUCUGUGAGGGUGUAUCAAUUCUGCGACGGAAGCUACAUUGAAGAUCAAGAUCAAUGGUGGCUUUCCGGAAUCUUUCGUGAUGUAUACCUUCUUGCAUUUCCUGAGAAUCACAUCCAAGACUUCUAUGUUGAGACACAACUAGAUGAUAAUUAUACAAAUGCUACCCUUUCGGUAGACGUUAAGGCUCAAGGAAUAGGCGAUGUCGAACUCACACUUUACAAUUCCGACAAGCAGACCGUCACUGUCCAACAAACCGCUCAGAUUAGCAGUGGCGGCGUUGUGUUUUCCAUCCCCGUCGAAGCCCCAAAGUUAUGGACAGCCGAAAAUCCAAAAUUAUAUCACUUAGUGUUAAAACUUGGCGAUCAACACGUUGCUCACCGAGUUGGUUUCCGCAAAGUCGAGGUCAAGGACGGCAUCAUUCUGAUCAACGGGAAGCGAGUUGUUUUCAGAGGUGCAAACAGGCAUGAACACCAUCCAACCAAAGGACGUGCAGUUCCAUACGAAUUCUUACGCCAGGAUCUUUUACUCAUGAAAACACACAACAUUAACGCGCUCCGUACUUCUCACCAGCCGAACGAUCCUCGACUUUACGAACUCGCCGAUGAAUUGGGAUUAUGGGUCAUGGAUGAAGCAGAUCUAGAGUGCCACGGCUUUGACACGAUUCAUGAGCGAAGCCUUCCAGAGUCAGAACAGGCGAAGACUUUUGAAGAAAAGAAAGCUAUAACUUAUGGGCGUGCAGGAAAAUGGUUGUCGGACAACCCAGAUUGGGAGGAGUCCUACGUGGAUCGCGCGAAACAGCUAAUUUCCAGAGACAAGAACCAUCCUUCAGUUAUCAUGUGGAGUCUCGGAAACGAAGCAUUCUACGGACGAAACUUUCAGGCAAUGUACGACUGGAUAAAAUCAGUCGACAAAACUCGACCAGUCCACUACGAAGGUGAUUUCGAAGCACAGACAGUCGACAUUUUCUCCAUGAUGUACCCAACUUUAGACAUCAUGAUCGAUUUUGCAGAGAAAUUUGAUGGCAAGAAACCAUUGGUACUUUGUGAAUUCAUUCAUGCAAUGGGUCAAGGACCAGGUAACAUAAAAGAGUACAUCGACCUCUUCUACAAACAUCCUUGUCUACAAGGGGGCUGGGUGUGGGAAUGGGCGAAUCAUGGUCUUCUGACGAAGAAUGAGGAGGGAGAAGACUAUUACGCUUAUGGUGGUGACUUUGGGGAAUAUCCACACGAUAGUAACUUCGUCAUGGACGGAGUUGUUGACUCUCAACACCGCCCGGGAUCAGGGCUCCUGGAAUACAAGAAAGCUAUCGAGCCUGUCCAGCUUGUCGAAGGAUCUAUCGAAAGUGUGAAGAUCAUUAAUCGUUACGACUUCAACAACUUAGACCACUUGAAGUGUACUUUGAAAAUUAUUGGAAAUAACUUCAAUAAAGCCGGAUCUGACGUCGAGAUUCCAAACAUCCUUCCGGGACAGACAGCAAAUUUAUCGAUCCCCAAAAUUGAACUGGCAGGUGCUCCGACGGAAGCUUUCCUUGAGCUAAGUUUCACAUUGAAGGCCGACACCAACUGGGCCAAAGCAGGCCACGAGGUUGCGUGGCUGCAAGUUCCCAUCGAGUCGUCAGAAAGUGAGCAGCCAAAACAACCCACAAAAGAUGGGUCUGCUGUAGAAGUUAAGAAGAUCUCCCCAACAGUAUUAGAGAUCAAAGGAUCAGAGUCCACGUGGAAUUUCGAUCUCGUCAAGGGAACAUUCAUCUCAUGGAUCAAGAAUUCCGAGAACGUUCUACAGACUGGGCCGAACCUCACAAUUUCUCGAGCCCUGACAGACAACGAUAACAGGGAUGGCAAACACUGGAAAGCAAAAGAACUACCAUAUGCAAAACCACACACGCGAAGCGUAACAUGGGAAUCAGAUCCCAGCACCGGGAAUGUGAUUGUCAAGUCCAUCCAACGCGUCGCACCUCCAGUUCUAGAAUGGUCCAUUGACACAACCAUCACCUAUACCUUCACGAACACCAGCGUCGUCAUAAACGUCGCAGGCAAACCCCAAGGUCUCAACCUCCCCCUCACACUGCCCCGUCUCGGACUCACUCUCGCGCUCGCCCCCAAAUUCGAAACCGCAAGCUGGUUCGGCCGCGGCCCUGGCGAAAGCUACAAAGACAAGAAACUUUCGCAAAGAUUCGGUAAUUACACCGCUGCGAUCGACGAUCUCUCGCCUAUGUACGAGUUUCCACAAGAAUCGGGGAAUCAUACGGAGACGCGAUGGGUGCGAUUCGAAAGCGCAGAUGGGAACUCUAGUGUGUCUGCGAGAUUCUUGGACUUGCCGGAUGGAUUUGAUUUCCAGGCUAGUCAUUAUGAUGUCGUGGAUGUUGAGAGCGCGAAACAUCCGUAUGAGUUGAGAAGGAGGAAGAGGGAAGAGGUCAUCGUGAGAUUAGAUUUGGAUCAUCAUGGGUUGGGGAGUGAUAGUUGUGGCCCGAAAACAUUGCCGCAGUAUGCAUUGAAGCCGGAGCCAUUUGAGUUCACAGUUUGCUUAGAGUAA